AUGGACUCUAGUGAUUACUCUGCACUUACACCUGGACACUUCUUGAUUGGAGAACCUUUGCUUGCUGUGCCCAGUCUUGAUUAUCUCACCACACCCUGUAACCGUCUUAACCGCUGGAAGUUACUCCAACAGCAGCAACAGCAAUUCUGGCGACAGUGGUCUUCCGAAUACCUCAACACUCUACAACAACGCCUCAAAUGGCGUACACCACAGUCUAACCUGCAAGUGGACGAUCUUGUCGUUGUCAAGGACGACAACACCUCACCUCUUCAAUGGACAUUGGCUAGAGUCAUCGCCACACAUCCAAGCACACAUGACAACCUGGUGAGAGUUGUCACCAUCCGCACUGCAGAUUCCACUUACAAGAGGCCCAUUACCAAACUUCUCAAGUUACCUCUAGAAUCUUAG